AUGUCUGAAGGCAUCCCGCCAUUUCCUUCCGACGUACCAGUAGCAGAUAUAUCCACAGUCGACUUCGAUCUUCUGUCCGAAGGAGACCCAGAGCAAGCACGGAUACUACUGCACUCGUGCCAAAAUUAUGGUUUCUUCUACCUAUCAAACCACCAUGUCGACUCUAGGUUCAUGUUCUCUCUCGCCGACGCCGUGUUUUCUCUACCACCAGAAGAAAAACUGAGGUACGACAUGGGAACUACUGGCCACUAUUAUGGGUACAAGAGGUCUGGGGCAAUGUUUGUCGACGACAAAGGCACAAAGGACCACAGUGAAUUCUACAACAUAUCCAAAGAUGAGGUUUUGGGUAUCCAACAAUCGGCGUCCACAGGCACCAGUUCAUCGACUACCGCAAACCACCAACAUCCACAAGUGGUGCUAAAUCGGUUCCGUGAGCUCACAACUUUCAUGAGGUCAUGCCAUAGCGUCACAUCCGCCAUCACAGCGUCCCUGGGGAAAUCACUAGGAUUGCCAGAGGGCCUUCUCGAGUCCUUGCACAAGCUCGAGAGGCCUUCUGUCGACCAGGCACGCAUUACUUGUGCACCGCCUAUCAAACCUUCCGGGACCAUCACCUUAGGUGAACAUACCGAUUUUGGUAGUGUUACUGUCCUCUUCAACCAGCUUGGAGGACUUCAGGUACUCGCUCCCAACAAGCGAGACUGGGAGUAUGUGCGCCCUCGUCCUGGUUGUGCCGUGAUCAAUUUAGGUGACAGUCUGGUCAAAUUGCUGGGAGGCAGAUUGUACAGUGCGGUGCAUCGCGUUGUUGCCCCUCCGGGGACACAAGGUGACUCUGUCCGACACAGCGUCGUCUACUUCUCAAGGCCGAAUUCAGAUGUGAAGUUGCGGGACCUGUUUGAGUAUCCUUCAGCGGACGACGUGGCGAACUUGGAGAAGUCGUCGGGCGAGGUUCUACCGAAUGCUGACGACUGGGUGAAACAACGGGCGAAGAACUGGAACACUGCACAGUACAGAGACAGAGACUCUUACAAAUUGAGUCGAGGCACCGAGCAUAAUCGAGGAUAUUGA